GACUUUCAUCACGCAAAAGCACAAACCGGAGCCCGUCCACACGCCCUCCCUGCGGGAAAGUCUCUUGCAUCACCUCAGUUACAUCCAGAGGAAAAGGGGGGGGGAGUAAGACAGAAAGAGUGCCGGUGGUGGAGUAGAGACAUGUUCGAGCAAGAAGGGAUGAUCGCAAGAUGCGCGGGCAGCACGACGCGUGUAGCAUCAACAACAACCUCCUCACCCGCGAGCAGCCGGCGGCCGAGGGCCAGCCGCAGACCCGGCAGGCUGGGGUUCUGGCUGGUGGCAGUUCUUGUGGGGACUAGCUGCGGCGGCGCCCGAGGGCAGCAGGAGGACUACGACUACGGCGGGUACGCCCAGCAGCAAGCGCCGAUGCGAGCCGGGGGCGGUGGAGAGGGCGGCGGCCUGAUGAAGCCACUGGCGGCUGUGGCGACGAGCUUCGUGGCGAUGAAGUUGCUCUUCUCCCACCACAGGAAGAGGAAGGGCAUCAAGGCGCUGGAGCAGGAGAGAAAGAAGUGGGUGCAGAUGAAGAAAGAGGACCUGCAGCAGAUCAACCAGCAGUUCAACCAGAUGGAGGCGUCCUUGACCGCCAGCCUCAACGAAAAGGUGAUCCAGUCCAAGAAGCUGGAGCAGUUCCUGUACUCCCUCCCCGACACCAACCAAGACGGGCUCAUCACGCGCUUCGAGUUCGACAAGUACAUGAACGAGUACAAGAGGGCGCACCCGGGCCUCACCGACCACGAUCUGCCGAGAUUCGAGGACAUGGACCACAACAACAACGGACACAUCAACUUCCACGAGUGGGAAGAGUACCAAAUGAUGGCCUUGAACCAGAUGGCGUAGUGAGAGGAAGGGUGCUUUCAUUGGAGCUAGCCAUGGAUGGAGCCCAACAAGCGGCAUCUGGGAGGUUGCGGCUUGUGGUGGCUGCCUGCCUUCGCCCCACCACUAGGCAAAUAGUGAGCACGUGGUGUCAAGCGAGAGGCCACUCAGUCCAUUGGGGUAGGGGGUGGAAAGCGUGAGUUCGUGCGUUUGCCGCGGGUGCCCCGUGUGUGUUGAAGACGUUAGCGGGGGGGGGGCAUGUCGAGGGUCGUGGAUGCGUGUGGCACGGGUUUUGUAACGACGCCACCCGUGUUGUAGCGAGCGGUAGACCGGGCGGUCCCGUGGUGGUUCUGAUCGGGUCCUACUGUGCGGAUGUCGUCGCUGCCCCAGCUGGUGCCGAACGGGUGUGCACUGCUGUAGAGAGAGCGGCGCACUGCGCGGUUGAUUCGCCUUUCUUGCUUUGCUGAUUGCCAUUCCCUU